AAGCCGAUUCUCGUCCAAUUACAAAACAGCACCGAGAUCUCACUUCCGGGCGGAGUGGUUACGCCUCACACGUAAUCUAGUCAAGGUAAUGAGCAUGAAAUAUGCGCGAAGGUUAACCGGUGGGACUUUUGCGUUUGUGCUGUGAAGGAGAUUUUUUGGUUUACGGUUCCUGAAGAAGUUCAGAGGAGUUUGCGGCACCGAAUCUGUGUUUUGUUGUGAGUGACCGGUUACAGGAAAGUCGAGUGUGUUUCUGCAGGACAGCCACAGAGCUUCCCGCGGUUUGGUUCACAAAGGCGAUCCUGUGGGAACAAUUUAAUCUCCUUGUCAGGAUGCGAGAAGAAAACGGAGCUUUUCAUCUCUUCAUUUUGUUCGUGGUGUUUGCUGUGCUGUGUGAGAGCAGAGUGGUCAAAGUACCUACUGGUCCACUGGUGCGUGUCGAGGGCCAGUCUGUGUCAAUCCGGUGUGAUGUCUCGGACUAUGAAGGGCCACCUGAGCAGGAUUUUGAAUGGAAGCUCAUGCUGAAUAGUGAAAACGGUAUCCAGCUCAUCUCUACUUUUGAUCCUGCAUACACAAACCCGUCGAUGAAGGACCGGGUCAAAAGUGGGGACAUCAGCAUUAAGAAACUGGCAGAUGAUGCAGUAGAGCUGACUAUAAGAGAGGUCAGGGCCUCAGACAGCGCAACCUAUCGAUGCAGCACGCCCAGCACUGAUUCGUUUGUCAAAGGGAACUAUGAUGCAGAUGUGGAACUUAAAGUUAUUGGUGACUCUCUAAAAGUGGCUCCAGCCAUUUCUCAGCCAACAGUCUCAGAACACAAGUCUGUGACACUGCAGUGCAACAUCACUCGGGCCUACACGGCACACACUUCGCUGUCUGUCACUUGGUCUGUUAGAAAAGGGGAUACCUCACUUGACCUCUUGACAUUUGGACCGGAAGAUGGGAUGAAGGUGGGACAAGUCUUUGCACAGCGUUAUGCAGAUGGUGAACUCAUCUUGGGGCUCUCUGGUGGUGGCAGUUAUGCCUUGGUCCUGAAGGGGGUAAAACCAAAGGAUCAGGGUGCAUAUGUUUGCACAGGCAGAGAGUGGACGAGGCAGCCUGGAGGAGGGAAUGAUUGGCAGAAGAUUCUAGAAAGGAGUGAAAAAAUGGGGACACUUACAGUCACACCCUUGGCCCAGUCUCUGGUGGUUUCUAUGGAGAAGAAUGUUACACUGAAUGUGGGAGACAGUUUGAAUCUGACCUGCUCAGUAGCUGCUGCUGGCCUGCUUUCUCUGGGCAUGGAGGUAAUCUGGUUGGUCAAAGAAAGUGAUGGUUCAGACAGCCAGCGAGUGUUGCUCCAUGUUGGACGAGAUGGCCAAGUGCUGAUUGGUUCCGAGCUGGUGGGCAUGAGCAGGGUUCAGCCAGACACGUUCAGGCUUCUCCUCCCCAAAGUGCAGCCUUCAGACUCUGGCCUGUACUCCUGCCAGGUGAAGUGCUGGUUGCCACAGGGCAGUGGAGAAUGGUAUCAGGCGGCUGAGAAAACCUCUGAUCUUAUCCAAGUUCAGGUGACACAGCUAGAACCAGAAUUUAAAGUGGGUCUCACAGCUGUUCAGAUCCCCCAGUUUACAGAUGACCCCACUGAGCUGGUCUGUGAGGUGACCGAUCUACUGAACAUGCAGGACAGUCGUCUGAGUGUGACCUGGUCCUAUACCAACAUGCCGGAAGCCAUCUCUCAGACCGUAAACACCAUCGCUUCCAUAGAUCAUCGUGGGGUACUCAAACCAGGAGAUUUGUAUCGGCAGCAGCUGGAUAGCGGUAAUUUCGCAAUGACUCGCAGUGGUCUGAGCACAUUCAGACUGCAAGUGCUGCACACUCAGAACAAGGACAUGGGCAAUUACACCUGCAGUGUGGCUGCCUGGACCCGUGGCCACCAGGGAGAAUGGAGCAAGGCUAAAGAGCUUAAGUCCAUUCCUGUCUCAGUACAGUGGUCCUCUAAGACACCAGUGCUCAGUGUGGUAGCUAACCAAGUAAGAGGGGCCUCAACAGGUGGCUCCACAUUUGAGAUGAGCUGCCAGGUGACUGGUCAGAACAUGCAAAACCCCGGAUAUUCAGUGCUCAUCCGCUUUGAAGAGACAACAGGUGGAAAGUCACGUAAAGUUCUGUCUCUGACUGUAGACUCCAUAAUGCAGCUGGAGGAAGGAAUAGGGCCCAACCGUGCGGACAGUGUGGCUCUGGAGAAAACCGGUCCACAAGAAUACCGCUUCCGUUUGUAUGGGGCUCAAGUCUCUGACCGAGGCUUCUACUACUGUGAUGUGACAGCUUGGACACGUGAUCAGAGCAACACAUGGAACAGUGGAGUCAGUGCCGAGUCAAAUAAAAUACAGCUUGCUUUUUCCGACACAGGUCCAGUAUUCAAUGUGUCCAUUAACUCAAGCAACAGUUGGGUUGUGCCUGGAAGCACAGUUAAAAUGACGUGUAUCAUGUCUGUAAAGGGGGCUACAUCCAACACAGGUGAGGUGGCAUAUGAUGUUCAGUGGUUCCAGAGUCCAGCACAGAUGAUGGAGAAUGGUGCUGUGCCCCUGAUCAGCAUGGACCACUGGGGAGUAGUGAAGAAAAGCGGAGGAAAUGAGAGCACACAGUGUACUCUAGAGCGCACAGACAGGGACACAUUUGUGCUGAGUGUUUACCAUGUUCGGGACAGGGACAGGGGAGAGUACUACUGCACGGCCAAGCUCUGGCAUUUCUCUCCUGACACUCGACUUUGGAGUGAGGGGCAGAAAGUCACCUCUGCCCCAGUCUUUCUCUCCAUCAACCUAGCAUUGUGGGACUCCAUGAGGAACCCAGUGUUGUAUGGCAUUGGAGCAGCUCUAGUUGUUGGCCUACUGUCCAUCGUUCUUGGACUUAUCACUUCCCGCUGCUGCUUUUCCAGAAACCCGAUGCACACACCACGCAGCAAGCUCAUGGAACUGGAGAUGGACUGAGCCACGUGACCCAAACCAGUCCUCUUCCUCCUGCAAAUGUGACCUCUUUUUACUUUAACCCACUUCAAAAUUGCAUGGCUGCUAAUGUCCCUUAGAAACUGUAUUGAGCCACAAGUAUUCAGAUAUGUGCGAGUGCACUGUUGCAAGGGAGAAAAGGAGAAUCUUGACUACUUGUGUGUACUCAGGAGGAUGUGGUCACUCCAGUGAAACACACUUGCCAUAUCUCAGGAUUAACUUGGUGACGGUGGCCCCAUCCACCUUAAUGACUGUUCUCAGAACCUGUUCUGGGUUUCAAUGUUUUGGAAGCACUUCAUCAGGAAUAACAUUUUGCACUCCCUACAGGCAUAGAACUGCAUUGUGAUGCAGCUAUUAAAGUUAUGAGAUGAAGAGCAGAUUUUUAUUCCUGUAUGAAGGACUCUUGUGAAAGAGCUGCAGAAGCACAAGACACAUGGAGCAAGUAGGGAAGCAUAUUCUAGAGUCUGAUUUUCAUUUCUUUCAUUACCCCAGUCCCACUCCAGAUUCAGCCCAUGUCACUACAUGACAUCAGCCAUGCAUGUCCUGCAUCUAUCCAGCCUGCCUGUCAGUCAGAGCAGAGUCCCACUGUUCAGAGGAGUGUUAUUUAGAAGUCCAGCUGACCGUCACUAAUGGCCGGGGGCAUGGUUUCCUGAUCCGCUCCCACAAUGUACCCCUCUCUCUUGUGCACACAGUGCUAUCUAUUCGGGUUUGCUUGGAUACAAGCUAGAGCCCAUUGUCCUAAUGAUUAUCAGUUACUAGAGCUGGGCACUUUGGGGAGAAAGUGUGUCCUGCUUGCUCUGCUAGUGUACAGCACUCUGGCCAUGAAAAAAGCCCUGAUAAAUGAUCUUCCACUUCAUGCUCACAAAUGCUCGCUCCCUUCCUUCACAUAAUGUGUGCGCGCACACUCAUGCAGUCACAUACAAAUUUUUAAAAUGCAUUAAUUUUUUUUUUCCUCUAGAAAAUAGAACAGCUGCAAUGUAAUUGCCCUCAAACUGCACUCAACUGCUCUCUUGUCCAUUACAAGCUCUGUCUCCUUUGAAAGCAGCAGCUGUUGGCCUGCAGUCCUCCAUUAUGAGGAAACCAUCUACAAUGUGAGCUUUGCUGUAUUGAUUCAAAGUAAGAUUAUGUAUUUGUUGGUAAAGAGUUCUUUAGGAUGAAGCUGAACACAAACAUUCUGCACUAUAUCGCUGCAUGGUGGGACUUUUUAAAAUCACGUCUAGGAUUGUUUGGUUUAUUGCUGUUUAAAUAUUAAAGGGGGGGGGGGGGGGGUGAAAAUCUUUUUAAAUUGAUGCUCAACCGAGUGCACUUUUGUGCUUUUCCUGUCUUUUGGUUAAAUGAUUUUUGAAUAAUGAUUUAUUACAUUAAACAGGAAAUAAUUCCUCCAAAAAUUGAUAUCAUAAUAAAGGUUUUAAUAACCACAAAA